UGACAAUAAAAGCCAAAGAAAACGCAAAAUAAGUCAGCUGUAUUGACGCUUGAGUGACGUGAAAGAAUAUUCAAGAAAGAUUACUAACAAACAACACAAAAUUAUUGUGAUUUAUCUUCUCUAAAAUGAAGAUAUUAAUCCUCGUAUCGCUUGUGGCAUUUUUUGCCUUCACAAGCGGAGUUUUCGUCCCUCCCCGACCAGGACAUAAGCGUUUGGUAGAUUCAAAAGAAUGCACUUGGGGACCUUCAUACUGGUGCCAGAAUUUAACGGCGGCUUCCGACUGCCGCGCUGUGAGACACUGCAUCCAAACGGUUUGGGUGCACAAGCAGUUGCCCCCAGAUGGUAGUAGCAUUUGUCAGACUUGUCUCGAUAUGGUUAAACAAGCACGAGACCAACUUGAAAGUAACGAGACCCAAGAGUUGAUCAAAGAAGUGUUUGAAGGGUCAUGCCAUCUCUUGCACUUUAAAGAAAUCGUUAAAGAGUGCGACAAAAUCGCUGAUCAGUACAUCCCCGAAUUGAUUGAUACUUUAGCUUCGGAAAUGAACCCACAAGUCGUGUGUUCCGUGGCUGGUUUAUGUAACAGUGAAAAGGUCCAGAAAUUGAUAGCUGAGGAAAAAGGUUUGAAGCCACAAAAUGUGGGCACUUGUGAAGGUUGCCAGACUGUUGUUGGGAUAAUGGAGGAGAAGUUUAAUAAAAUGUCACGCGACGAUGUGUUGCAAAGCUUCUUACAGAUUUGUGGGCGAACUGGCAGUUUGUCAGAUGGGUGCAGCAACAUUGUUAUCACAUACUUCAACGAAAUUUACAACCAUUUGAAAGACAAUUUCAAUCCGACUGAUUUUUGUUUGAUGACUGGAGAGUGUAGCUCAAAGUUUCACACUCAUGCUAAUGUCGAAAUCACGCCAAUGUCGCACAUUGGGUACGUGCAAGUUGGAGGGAAACAAAAGGACGAUCUCCCGUGUGAAUUUUGCGAGCAGUUGGUUACUCAUUUGCGAGACUUGCUCAUUGCUAAUACGACCGAACAUGAGUUUAAGAGAGUCCUUGAAGGGUUGUGCAAGCAAACGAAAUCAUUCAAAGCACAAUGCCUUAGUCUAGUCGAUGAGUAUUACGGCGCUAUUUAUACAUUCUUGGUUUCGGAAUUGAACGCUAACGAAGUGUGUGUUUUUGCCGGCAUUUGUCCAAGAAACAAUACGCAAGGGGUGCCUCCAAUUAUGCCUCUUUUACCAGUCGAGACUUUGGAAAUCACCCCAGCGCCGGUAAUCCGAGUCAAUAUAGCCAAAGAUGGCUCGUCGGUCAAAGUUAUGGCACGACCUGAGGAAAUACAACUACCAAUUGAGCGGAUGAUGCCACCUCACGCCCAGGAAAUGUACAAUUCCCAAACUUGCGUCUUCUGCGAGUAUUUCUUGCAUUACUUACAACAAGCUAUCACCACUCCUGCAACAGAGGAGGAAAUAAAGGAAGUAAUUGAUAAAGCCUGCGCUAAAUUACCCCGCAGCAUCAACACCACAUGUGUUGAGUUCGUUGAUACUUACGAGCCAGCUUUGGUGGCAAUUUUGGCGCAAGAGAUCGACCCCUCGCAAGUUUGUCCCCUGAUUAAAGCUUGCCCGUCCAACACGAGAGACGUGGAAGUGUUCAUGCAACAAGGCUCUGACGGUUCCAAGUGUCCCUUGUGUCUGUUUGCCGUUUCAAAGCUUGAGCAAAUGGUGAAAGACAAAAAAACUGAGCAAAACAUCAAGGCAGCACUCAACAAGUUGUGCGAUCAUUUGCCGAAUGAUAUCGCCGCUGAAUGUAACGAUUUUGUCAACACUUACACUGAUGAGCUCGUCCAGUUGCUUAUUGCUGAUUUAACCCCGCAAGAAGUUUGCGUCUAUCUUAAACUUUGUUCGGAUAAUAAACCACCGACUGGUUUUAUCGGCGGUGAUACUUCCACGAAUAUGAUAGCUGAUGACACAAUUAAUGGAAAAAAUGUUAAACUUGCACCAGUCACCGAUAAUCCAAGAUGCGUCCUUUGCGAGUUCAUAAUGAAAGAAGUGCAAGACGAGCUUAAAGACAAUUCUACUGAAGAAGCCAUCAAAAAAACAGUGCACAAUAUUUGUAACAUCAUGCCCAAGUCAAUUAGCAAAGAAUGCAACGAUUUUGUAAAUGAAUACGCCGAUACCAUUAUCCAAUUACUGAUUGAAGCAACGGUCCCUAGCGAAAUCUGCCGCAUGAUGCACAUGUGCGAUAACACUCAAAUUGAACAAGCAAAGGUUGAAAUUUUUGAAUGUGCCAUUUGCGAAAGUCUGGUUUAUGCCAUGGAGAAGAUUUUGGACAACCCGAAAGUUGAUCACAGCAUUGACCACGUCCUGGAGAAAGCGUGCCGGGCUUUACCCCACAAAGAGCAAACAAAGUGCACGGAAAUCAUCGAAAAAUAUGGCAAAACCAUCUAUAAUCUCGUGACACAUUUGGCCGACAAGGGACUAGUCUGUAAAGAAAUCGCUCUCUGUGCUGCUAGACCCGCCCGACCGAGUCGUCCAACCUUAGUGGGGGCAAAUAGAUGCACAUGGGGGCCCAGCUUUUGGUGUGCUAGUGACGAAAAUGCCGAGAAAUGUGGCAAAGCGGCUAAGGUACAUUGCCAACAAAAGAUCUGGUUGGCACCGUCGGCCCCCAAGGUGUGACUUACUACAAUGAACAACUUAGUUAUUUUAGUUAAGAAUAUAAUGUAACUAUCCACCAAAGUUUGUUAAUAAAUUCAAUUCGAUAAUUAAGCUAUUUUAAGUGUGAGUAAGGGCUUGUUAGUCACAGUUUGAUCGUUUUUUUCCUAUAAGCUUGUUUGGUGGCCAUAAUGUGAAAUGGAAACUGUGAUAAGAAAUGACUUGUAACAGUAAGUGUAUUUAGUUACAAAAUAAAGGAGAUUUCUUUUUCA